AGGGAUCAGGGCAGGUGGCAAACAAACAAAGUCCAAAGACAGGCAGAGAUCAGGGCAGGCAGCAAACGUACAAAGCCCAGGAACAGGCAAAGGUCAGGGAAGGCAGCAGAGAAUCAAACACAAGGAACAGUCCAAUCGAACACAGGUAUAGCAAUCCACAAUAAAUGCUCAGAAAUGAUCACCAGGGCAAAUCAAGACUUCGCAACAUCUGUGUGAGUGAGCUGCUUAUGAAGUGUGUGUGUGUCAUGUGGUGCAGGUGCCUGCAGUCAGUCCCAGGAAUGAGGGCCUAUGGGAAAUGAAGUCAGAAUCGAAAACAGUCAGUAUUCAGGUGAUAGCUCCCUCCGGUGGUGCGAGGAAGGAGGUGCAGGAGGUGGGCGGUAUCUGAGGUCUGAUUUGUUAGUGGCAGACAGCAUGGAUCCAGCAGCUGGAUUUGAAAGCAUGCAGUGAUGCCUGGAAUCACUGAUCAUGAAAUACAUUGCCCCUGUAUCAGCAUGCUGUUAAGGGAAGAGCGCAUCCGCUAACAAAAGUUACACAUCAUCAGACUACACUCCUUUUGUGCAGAUGCUGUCUAAGAGCAGUAUUAGAGAGGAAGGCUGUGCUCUUCUAACAUCAGCUCUGAGAUCAAAUCCCUCAAACAUGAGAGAACUGGAUAUGAGUGGGAAUCAACCAGGAGACUUGGGAGUGAAUAUGUUCUCUGAUUUACUGGAGGAAUCAAACUGUAAACUGGAGACACUGAAACUAACUGCAGUAUUGGAGAGGAAGGUUGUGCCGUUCUGGUGGCAGCUCUGUUGUGAAACCCCUCACACCUGAGAGAGUUUGAUCUCAGUUGGAACAAAUCUCAAUAGUGAAGCUGCUGUCAGAUCUACUGAAAGAUCCACUUUGUAAACUAGAGAAACUGAUGUGAAAUUUAUACAUAAUGACUAAACUAUUACAUAAACUGUGUAACAUAAAUGACAAGUCAUCAAA